UGUUUCCACAAAGCUACACGGUCUCGCGUUCUCCGCCUCGAUGGGCAACCUGCUAUGCUCAAGCAUAGCUGUUGCAGUCCUCUGGCAGACUGCUUUGGGAGACUGCCCGAUCUCCGCUCCGGAGAAUGGCGACCUCGGAGACUGCCCACAGACCUUGUCCUCGGGCUCUUCGUGUGUGCCAUCCUGCGAGGAGGGCUACGAGCUCAGCGGCCCGGCCCGCUGCGCCGGCCACCUGAGCAUGCCCAGCUGCCUGCCGAGCGGCUGCAACGUCUCCGAGGCGGCGGUGGAGCACGUGUUGUCCUUGGGCAACUGCCCGGAGUGGCUGGAGUCCGGAGAGUCCUGCGAGUUGGAAUGCGAAAGCAGAUUCGAGCUCAGCGACAACACGAGCUGCUUCUUGGGCAACCUCUCGGAGGUCAGCUGUUUGCGAGUAGGGCCUUGCCCUGCAGGACAUCAGGCGGUCGCCGGUCUGUGCGAGCCUUGCCCUUUGGCGACCUACAAGGCUGUGGAAGGCCCGGGGCCGUGCGUACCGUGCCCCGAGAACUCCAACACCAACUCAACUGGGAGGAGCUCUCUGCAGCAGUGCACUUGCCCGGCCACGUUUUACGAGCAGCGCAACGUCUUCGAUGAGCUUUUGUCCUGCAAGCCCUGUCCCAACAACUCGGCGGUGGUGGGCGUGCAGCGCUUCGGACACCAGGACUGCGAAUGCUUCGACGGCUUCGUGCGGGUGCCGGAGGACAAUGAUCUGAGCCUCGAGUACUGCCGCCAUGCGGAGCCCUGCAAUGUGAGCGCGUUGCUGGAGAACCUCACAGGCCCCGAAGCCUACAAGCUGAAAAUGGGCAGCUGCAGCAGCUACGCUCGCCUGCUUCCUAGCGGCCGGCAGUGCAGCCUGCUCUGCGAUGCUGGCCUGGGCGCGCAGUUGGGCUCCGACAUCUUCCGAGCCGUGGACCUCACGCUCGCCUGCGAUGAUGGGGACCUGGUGAGGAGACCAACGGAUGGCUAUCUUUGGUGCUCCGAAGCCUCCUGGGAAGUACCGCCGUUGGUCUUCUUAGGUAUCACCACGGCAGCGACCAUCCUUGGAGGGGCGGCCAUGGAAGUUCGGCAACAUCAUUUUGAGGGCCAGUACGCGAAAGCCCUUCGCGGGAAUCGUGGACGCUAGGUUCAGGCCCAGACGCGGCACGGGCAGGCGCAGGACACGGAUCUGAGCAUACAGCUCAGGCCUUGGUUCA